AUCAAGCAUUUCAUCGACGAGUUUUCGACUCAUAUACUCAAUCGAUUGACUGUAGCUAACGCAUCAGAGACCCCCUCUCCCAAGAAUCACCUGGAAGUGCUUCCCACGUUUUGAGAACUAGAAUACUUGUGUAUAUUUGGGCCACUAAUUGUAGUUCACAAUUUUGAAUUUUGGUGAACAGACAAAAAAAAAUAAAAAUAAAGUAAAAGAAAAAAAAAAGCAGCGUGUUUGACAAUUGGAGAACAAGCUUGAUACUAACAACAAUCUUCUACAAGUACGUUUCCAAUCGAGAAUGACGACCUCUGUGCCCGCGGGGCAACAGCCCCAAUCGUUGAAGUUGAAGCUUGGACCCGUGAAUGGCCAAUCACGCCAGCCACAACCUUCUCUGUCUCUCUCUGGAGAAGCAACAACUAGUGGACAACAACUUCUGCAACAACAACUUCAACAACUUCAACUUCGUAGAGCAAAGGCCAAUCUUCAGAAUUACAAUUUUUCAAACACUACGGCGGGACUUCUCAAGAAAUACUCCCAAUAUCCUGCGUCGAUAAACUUUCAUAUUUAUGAAAAUCAUUAUCGAUUCAACAAUCUUCAAGAUUCCAAUAUUAUUCCAAAGAAUCUGCCAAUGAUCAAGAGUUUCCUUAAGCAUGUGAUACGAGAAGAAAUCCCAGUGGAAAUGAGUGAACUUUUGAAAGAUUGCUCGAUUAGAAGUUAUGAUGGAUGUCUUAUCCUUCAAGUUUAUGAUCAUCGGAAUAUGGUUGGACCUGAAUCCAAAACUAGUGGACCUCAAACUGGAGAAGGACCUAAAGACAAGCCUGCGACUGGCUCGGCGACUGGCUCGACGAAUCCAAAUGGUAGUAGCGCUACCGGAUCCAAUACCAACAACUCAUCCAGUACCACCACCUCCAAUGCUUCUACCACUCCAGCGAAACCAAAGACUUACAGAACCGUACUUAAACCUACUCAAUUGUCACUUUACUAUGAUCUUCUUUAUCAUACCGAUUCCGCAUUGACCAAGUUUACUGAUCCAUUAUCGCUUCAAAUGGAGUCUGAAAUCUUAACAUUAACCAAUAGAAAAUUGGAUUUAGCAGUUCCCUUGAACCCAUAUUUGUGUGAUGAACAUUUAAGACCAGAAUCAGAAUCAAUAAAGAAGGAAUAUGACCCCAAGACAGAUGAUUAUAAAUUAUUAUUCAACCAUCGUCCAGAAGUUUUCAAGCCUGCACGGAAAUUGCAUCAAGAUGAAAUUGUCUUACACAAAUCUUCAGAAUAUGAAGAGAUUAUGUUCCUUUUAUCGAAUAAGUAUAAGAAGACCGAAGAUACUGAUAAGAAGUUAAUCGCAGUUGAACCAUUAAUAUCAUCAGCUGUGUCUACAUCAUCUGCAGAUGAUUCUAAACUGGCUUCCAAUCUCAAUGAUAAAAAGAAAGAUAAUAAUGGUAAGAGUAAUGGUUCUACUUCCUCAGUAGUGAAUUCUGCUGCACCAAACCCAACCACAGGUCAAUUCAUGAGACUUCGUUUCAUUGAAGAAAUUCGAAAGAGAAAAGAAUCUCAAAAGGCACAACAAGAAGCAAAUGUAUUGGCUACACCACCAAAUAAUAGUCAGCAAUCAAAUCAAAUACCUGAUAAUAAUAAUCAAAAUACUAUUAAUAAUAACAACAAUAUUAAUGGAGGUAUGAACAGCGGACUUAUUGGGGAUUCACAAGGGUCUCUUAAUAAUACACCGAAUUCCAUUCCUAAUGCAAGAUAUCCGGCCAAUAAUAAUGGUGCUUUGAAGAAUAAUAAUGUAUCCAUGGGAGGCCCACAAUCUACAGGUGGAAAUCCAGGCUCAAUUUCUAACUCGGGAAUGAAACAAAUGCCAGUAGCAGCCAUGCCAAAUGGAAACUUUCAAAAGCAACAACAACAAAAGGUUAUGGCUGACAAGGCACAGAUUCUUAGGGCACAACAGUUGCAAGUACAACAACAAUUUCAACAACAACAAGCUCAACAACAGUUCCAACAGAAGCAACAGCAACAAAGACAACAGCAACAACAGCAGCAACAGCUUCAACUAUUGCAACAACAGCAACAACAACAGCAACAACAACAACAGCAACAACAACAGCAGCAGCAGCAACAACAGCACCAUCAACAAAUGCAACAACCUCAAUUGCAUCAACAACAACCACAACAAAUCUCACAACAUAUGCAGCAACAACAGUCGCAACAAUUACCUCAACAAAUGCAACAACAACAAAUACCGCAGGUACCUCAACAAUUACCUCAACAAAUGCAACAGCAAAUGCAACAGCAAAUACCUCAACAAAUGCAGCAACAAGUAAAGCGUCAAAAGAUGGAUGGUAUGACAUCUGUUGGUUCUACACCACAAAUGUCAAAUUCACAACCAACUUCUAAUAUCGGCACACCAGUUGUUGGAAAUGGUAAUUUGGCUGGAAUGCAGCAACCAAUACAAACUUCAUCGCAACUGCAACCUUCAUCUCAAGGUGGAAGUUCUGGUCAACAAACACCUGCCCAAUUGCAACAGCAACAGAUUUUCCAGAGCUCGUUGACUGCGCAAGAACAACAACAGUUCAGACAAUUGCAAGCCCGUAUGAAUGCUUUUGCUAUGAUGGGUAACUCUGGAGUAGCUCCUAACAGAGCUCAGUUAACGGCUCAACAGCAGCAACAAGCUAUCCAACAAGCAAAAUUGAUACAACAACAGUUGAUUCAAAAAUUCCCUGUAUAUUUCCAACGUUUGAGACAAUUACAAUUAGCCCAACAACAACUGAGACAACAACAGCAACAAACUUCAUCUUCACAACAGUCGCAACAAUCAUCACAACCACAACAAUUGCAACAACAGAUACAACAACAACAACAAUUACAACAACAUCGUCAACGUCAACAAAUGCAACAACAACUCCAACAGCAACAACUCCAACAACAGAAUCUUAUGGGAAAUAAUCAGUCGCAACAACAAAGGCAAUACAUUCAACAACAGCGUCCAAAUACCACUGGAAACAUGCAAGGGGGUAAUAUGGGUGGUGGCCUUUCACAACAACAAAUGAUGAAUCAACAAAUGAUGCAACAAAUGGCCAUGAUGAAUCAAGAAAAAAAACGAGGAUACCAGAAGAAAAAACCAUAAUGUAGAAGUAUGUAAUAAUAGACUUAAAGAAUUCAAUUAAUAAACAUCGUAUUCAAACAUAAUAA